GCUAAUGAAACCCGUUAUUCGAAAGAUAAACAUUUGAUUUAAUUUUUAGCUAAGUUUAGUAAUUCAUUUUUAUUUAUCCAUACAUCUGCGCCUUAUACUUUGCAAAUUUUUUUGCAUUUCAAUGUUCUCAUACCUAAUGCAGCCGCCCAUCGCGCAUUCCACACUGAUGAAUUCGCACACCUUCAACAUUCGCUUGAACACGCAUCGGUUGCCCUCAACGGUGUCUAUGGUGGAAGAAGCGACACUUACACUGGACAGCACGCGCGGCAUCUCGCUGCAGAGGCUGAAGAAAUACAUUAGCGAAAAGUAUCAGAUUGAUUUGACCGCGCGACGCUACAGCCUGAUCAAGGAACAUUUGCGUGCACAAUUGGCCAUUGGUGCGCUUAGGAAUGUAAGCGGACGCGGCUUGUCGGGUAGUUUCCGACUGCAAGCAAAAAAGAAGAAAGCAAUUGCCAGCGACUCCAGGGAUAUUCUCGCAGCGAACACAUUGCCGGUUGCAGGCAAAAAACGAAGAGGUAACGGUGGUGGUGGCAAUGGUGGAAGCAUCGUUGAUGAGCACACCGUUGCGCAUAAACGCAAUAAGGCAACAGGUAAAAAGAAAAGUGAACCAUCAAAGAAUGGCAAAUCUAAAGGUAGGAAUCAGCAGAUAAAUGCUACGACAUUCACAAGAACGCCGCCUAAUUGUGCUCCACUUGCAAUGGCGCCGUUUGCACCGCAUCGCAAUUCAUUGGCGGCCGCCAUGAGCCAUGUGAAUCAAGGGAGUUCAACUCCGCUUAGCGCUGGCGAGCAGGUGGGACGAAAACGAAAGCUUUUACCAGCAACAGAAUCGCAGGGAUUUUAAGAAAUGCAGUGCGUAGUUGUUGCUGUAGCAGUGCUGCGUAAACUCAAGUGUUGAGUUUAUUACAUCAACAAAGGGCAGUGACUGGUGAAAUACUCGCUAUGAAGAUGGACUUCAUACCUUUGUAUUAUAUGUGCGAAAAUUCGAAUUUUUUUGUAGAAAAAAAAACUCUCGAAUUUAAUGUUUUAUUGACGUUUUUUGUCAAUAUUUACUAUUAGGCUGCAUUAAAUUUAUAGGUUAUAAGGCAGAAAUAGUUGAACAAAUAUUUGGCUUAUUGGCUAAUUUACUAUGUGAAAUCUGUAGGAGGAUAAAGUCCAUAUAUGGCAACAAAUUUGUAAUAGUAUUUGAAAAGGUGGCUUAGUAAAAAAAUUCCAACGCACAAAAUGUUAACCAAGUUACAAAAGAACUGAGAAAAUUUUGUGUUGAAAAUUCAGACUUUGAAACGAUUUAAGUAAAGUGUCCAUACUGGGUGAUGGCAGCUGUUGUUGUAGCAGCAUAAACAUGCCCCAUAAAUAUACGGGGAAUGCUGCUGAAGUGACAGUCCUUGGCCAGAUAUAAAUCCGGGUUGUUGCGGUUACGUAGAACCGACUGUCGUGGGAGCUCUGGUGCUGGCAGCUCGCUUAAUUCGCUUAAAGCUGAGCUUUGCGAGUAGACAAGACAGUUAAGAAUUAAGAACUGGUUUCACUUGAUUUGGAAAUAUGAACUGUAAUUAAUUUGCUUGCUUUCCUUAAAUUGCAGAAAAAAUUUCUAAGUUUUAAUUAAAAAAAAAAAUUUUGUUUGUUAGAUAAAUAUUUUUGGUUGAAUCUAAGAAAAAAAAUUCUAGUUCUGGAAAAAAAAAAUCGCAGCAAAAAAUUUCUAAGAUUAAGUUAAAAAAAAAAAAAUGUUUUGUAAAUAUUCUUGGUUAAAUUUAAGAAAAAAAUCGCAGAAAAAUAUUUCUUAGAUUUAGUUAAAAAAAAUUUUUUUUUGUUAGAUAAAUAUUUUUGGUUAAUCUAAGAAAAAAAUUCUGAGUUUUAGUUAAAAAAAAUACUUUUUGUUAGAUAAAUAUUUUUGUUUGAAUCUAAGCAAAAAAUUUCUAAUUUUAGAAAAAAUAAUCGUAGAAAAAAAAUUCUUAGUUUUAGUUAAAAAAAAUACUUUUUGUUAGAUAAAUAUUUUUGUUUGAAUCUAAGCAAAAAUUUCUAAUUUUAGAAAAAAAAUGGCAGAAAAAAUUUCUAGUAAAAAAAAAAUUUUUUUUAAGAUAAAUAUUUUUGGUUACAUCUAAGAAAGCAAUUUCUAAUUUUAGAAAAAAAAAUCGCAGAAAAAAAUUUCUAAGAUUUAGUUAAAAAAAAUUUUUUUUGUAAAUAUUCUUGGUUAAAUUUAAGGAAAUUUAAAAUUUUAA